UCGCUCGCUCACACACUCUCUCACACACACACACGCUCGCUCACACACUCUCACACACUCACACGCUCGCUCCUCACACUCUCACAAACACACACGCGCGCACAGGCAGAGGCGGGCAGUCCCCGCUGGUCUGCCAAAAGCUCUCCGUGCCUACGGAGGUGUGUGGGUGGAUGAACACGAAGAAAGGAGAAGCGGCAGUGGCUUUUUUUGGGGGGAGUCGCGUUGGCAGCGGGAGUUGUACUGUUGUAGAAUCACACACGCGCACGCACACACAGACGACAGCGACACAGGCGCCACGGGAAGACGGAGCGGCAAGAAUUGAAAUCGGAAUCGGUUUGGAGGAGCAGGCAAGCGGCUUAAGCCCGGUCGCUUAGCGGCAACCGGUUUGGGUGUUGUGGGUUUGUGGCCCCAGGCAGUAUAUACAACAACCCCUUAUACCGUGUGGCGACUGUCUAGGACGACGGGCGGUGCGGCGACAACGUCAAUUAGAAAUCUGCCUACGUUUAAAGGGACACGCGGUACGACGCGCUUUGAGAGAGGGACUUGAAAAGCACCGUGAGACGAGGACGAAGAUGCGUGCGUCUCGCGUGAAAGCGAGGGAUGGUGAACGUCGGCAUUCCGCGAUCGUUCCACUUUGCUGAGCUGUUGACAACCUCAGGAAGACAUCUGCGUGGUUAGUAAAGAGUUGCCCCCCACCACCACCGCACCGCCCCAGCCUACUACCAAUUAAUUGGAUAACAUUUAUUUUUUUUAAAGUAGACGGUGCGCGCACACGCACACAACCCGUACCGGGACCGCUCGUCGCAAUGGGAAAAGAUCAAGAGUUGAUCCAGGCAGCCAAGAGCGGAGAUGUGGCCGCGGUGCAGAAGAUAAUCAACAAGUAUAAGGCCGGCAAAGCGAAGCUGCUGGGCUCCACCAAGAGGCCAAAUAUCAACCACCAGGAUGAGGAUGGGUUCUCCGCCCUCCAUCACGCAGCCCUCAAUGGGAACACGGAGAUAAUGAACCUUCUUCUGGAGGCCCAGGCCCACGUGGACAUGAAAGAUAACAAAGGCCUCAGGCCUCUGCACUACGCGGCCUGGCAGGGAAAGGUGGAGCCUUUGCGGAUUCUUCUCAAGGCCGGCUCGUCUGUGAACCUGCAGUCUGGCGACGGGCAGAUCCCACUGCACCUCUCCGUGCAGAAUGGACACUACCAAGUGUCCGAGCUGCUGUUGCAACACCAGGCCAACCCCUGCAUCGUCAACAACAACAAUAAGACGCCCCUCGACCUGGCCUGUGAGUUCGGACGUCUGAGGGUGGUGAAGCUGCUGCUGAGCAGCAACGUGUGCCCCACGCUGCUCGAGGGACGUCCCCACGACCCCAGCCACCCCAACAGCACCAGCGCGCUGCACCUCGCCGCCAAGAACGGCCACGUCGACAUCAUACGGAUGCUGAUCCUGGCGGGCGUGGACGUGAACCGGCAGACUCGGGUGGGCACGGCGCUUCACGAGGCCGCCCUCUACGGCAAGACCGAGGUGGUGCGCCUGCUGAUCGAGAGUGGAGUGAACGUUCACAUCCGGAACUCGUACAACCAAACAGCGUUGGACAUCGUGAACCAGUUCACGGGGUCACAGGCCUGCCUGGAGAUCAAGCAGAUGCUUCGUGAGGCGACGAGCAUGCUGCAGGUGCGCGCACUGCGCGAUUACUGCAACGUGUACGACCCCACGAGCCUGAGCGUGAAGGCCGGCGAGGUCAUCACGGUGUUGGAGCAACAUCCAGAUGGUCGCUGGAAGGGAUACAUUCAGGACAGCCGAGGUGCGGACCGCGUUGGAUUCUUUCCGCCAUCCGUCGUGGAGCUGGUCAGCCGGAGAAAUGUGCAUGCCUGCGGCUCGCUGAGGGCGAGCUCUCAGUCCAGCCCGGCAUUUCACAGCCAGUGCCUCACCAACGGCAGCAUGCUCCCUCGUCCAGUCUCCUGCCUGUCCCCUGGCCUCGGGCCUGGUCAGGCAGCAACUCCCUCCACGGCCGCCCCCCGGGCCUACUCUUACUGCACCCUGCGCGUUUCUCAGCAUGCUCGGCGACAGCAGCAACAGCAGCAGCAAUCGCAGCCGCAGCAACAACAGCAGCCGCAGCAGCAGCAACAGCAAGGCUCAGUGGCGGGUGCCACAGCAGCCGGCCACUCCUACUUUCUGUGCCAGCCGCUGUCCUUGCCCCUACCCCCACCUCCUCCAGCUCCGGAGACUCAGGCGCUCCAGGCUGAGCCCGCGCAGGCCGAGUCACAAGGGGAGACGCCGGGCCAGACGGGUGGCGGCAGCAGCUCCACGGAAGACGUGUGGGCCGCCAAGACACCCACGGGAGGAGACCGCAGCAGCAUCGGCAGCACGGGCAGCGUGGGCAGCAGCCGCAGCUCGGGCAGUGGGCAGAGCGCCGGAAGCGGCAACGGGCAGCACCACGCGAGCAACGGGGAGACGGCCAAGCCCGUCCAGGUGGUGCAGUCACUGCAGCCGGUGCCCGAGUCCGAGGUGAAACUCCCGGAGCACGCCUCGGGAUCGGGCCAUGGUCAGCACACGCUCGGAGCCGAGAGGCCCGCGCAGAAGUCGAUUAAGCGUCACGAGAGAUUCGCGGAUGACAAGGAAGCGGAGGCCAUCUACCUGUGGCUGCGUGAGUUUCAGCUGGAGCAGUACGUUGACAACUUCAUCAACGCCGGCUACGACCUCCCCACCAUCAGCCGCAUGACACCAGAGGACCUGACUGCGAUUGGUGUGACCAAACCUGGACAUCGCAAGAAAAUCACGUCGGAGAUCAGCAAGCUGAACGUGCAGGACUGGCUGCCGGACUACAGACCGGCGGGACUGGGGGAAUGGCUCGCGCUCAUCGGCCUGGCCCAGUACCACGCCACGCUGGUGGAGAACGGCUACGAGAAGCUUGAGUUUGUGUCCGAGAUCACCUGGGAGGACCUGCACGAGAUCGGCAUCACCAAGCUGGGUCACCAGAAGAAGCUGAUGCUGGCCGUGCGGCGGCUGAGCGAGCUGCAGCGCUUUGAGGAGCAGCACCAAGCCCGUCUGGAGGGCGCGGCCGCCGCCAGCGGCACCCUCAAGCGCCGCCCGAGUCCGGCGUCCCCGGCAUCGACCACCACCAUGGCGAUCGUGUCGCACGGCCCGGGGGGAGACCCUGGCUCUCCUUCGCCGGCGCAGCCGCUGCUGCCCCAACCGCCGCAUCACCCGCAGCCCGGCUCCCCGGCUUCGUGCCGCUCACCGAAACUGUCGACGUUCCAGGACAGCGAGCUGAGCCCCGAGCUGCAGGCCGCCAUGAGCGGCGUCGCGUGCCUGGCGACGCUGAGCCCCGGCGUGACGCGGGACAGCGCCGGGCUGGUGGCGCGCGCCAUCCGCCACGGCGGGGACGUCUCGGCGAGCCAGGAGAGCCUCGGCGGCCGUUCUGGCGGCUCCGGGAACUCGCAGCCCACGGCCGUGGUGCUAGCGUGCUCGCGCGCCUCCAGCAACUCGCAGGAGAGCCUGGGCGGCGGGGGCGGUGGCCUCCAGGCUCGAUCUGGUUCGGGACCGAUCCUAAACACGGGCGGUGGAAUAAGCCCGCACCAUCACCACCAGCAGCAGCAGCGUCAUCAUCAUCACCAGCAGCUUCAGAAUCAGCAGCAUCAACAGCAGAUGUAUCAUCAACAUCAGCAGUGGCACUACCAACAGCCUCUUCAGCAGCAGAUGGGCAGGGACGGCGCCGGCGGCGGCGUCAGCGGCGGCUGCGGCGAGGGAAGCGUCGUCUUCCCCCCGGAGCAAAGGAGCAGCGGUGCCACGGCCGGCCCGGCCGUGCAGCCCAAGCCCAGGCCUCCGCUCGCACAGCAGUGGAGCCUGCCCAGCCAGCCCUCCCCGACGUUCAGCACCUUCACGCCGCCGCACACACCAACCAAGGCCCCGCUCGCGUCCCUGUCCCCGCAGAGCCUCACCCCCCCACGCACGCCGGGAUCGCGUGAGGCCGCCGCGACCUCCCCGCCCCACCCGCCAAGCUCCCCGCAGGCGUUCGUCUUCCCCUGCCCGGGUGGCGGCAAAGCCGGCAAGCCGCCCGGCGCGGCGGGCCACAGCCCAGCACGGCCUCGCGACGUCGUGCGGACGCCUCCGUAUGCGCGGCAGCAGCAGCGGCAGCAGCAGCAACGGCAGCUACAGGACUCCCCACGCUCCCCCGUGGCGUUCCCAUUCCCGCCGCCGCCCGCGACCAAGGGCCCGGCUUAUGCCCAGACGCGCUCCGAGCCUCCCGCUGGACCCGGCGCCACGCGGCUCGCCGGUGCCAUGCCCGUGCUUCCGCUAGAGGCCGGGGUGGCGGUGAGGCCGGCCAAGAAGCGCUCGCAGAGCCUGAGCCGGUACGGGGGCGGCGCCGCGUCGGACGGGGAGCACGAGGUGGCGUCAGCGGCGGAGGAUGAGCCGCGGCCGUUCUCUUCCGACGCUCUCUUCACGGUGGCGCCGGCCGGAGGAAAGUACGGGCCGGGUUCCUACGCCACGCUGGGCCGGCGCGUGGGCCGCAGCCACUCGGUGCGGGGCCGCGGCUUCCCGCUGCCGCCACCGCCGGACGCCGGGGACGGCACCGUCAACCGAAGCCACUCGUUCGCCGUGCGGCAGCGUAAGCGGGGGCCUCCGCCGCCGCCUCCCAAGCGCUCGAGCUCCACCGUCGCCUCGGGAUCCACGCUCGCCGACACCCAGGACCCGGAGGCCGGAGGCGAGGAGUGGCGGCUACAGCGGCGGCGGCAGUGGGAGGAGGACGUCGUCCCCCCCGCAUCGGUUCGCCGGGACGCGCUGGAGAAGAGCACAGACUGGAACGGCAACAAGCUGUCGGAGGCGAGCGGUGGGCCGCCGAGCGUGCGCAGCAUCGCCGCCAUGCUGGAGAAGUCGGCGCUCGGAGGCCUCGUCCCGGCGUGCUCGCCCGAGAGCCCUUCCCCCGGCGAGACGCGCAAGGUCAGGGCCGCAUUGCCGCAAGCCGGCGCCGACAGCGACCGUGCCGCGCACAGAGACACGCCGAUGCCCAGGGUCGACGAGGCCCUCUCAGCCCACGUCGUCGGCAAGGACGCGACGGAUAAGAGCUCGCGCUCGCGGUGCCAGCUGGAGGACCGUUUCGGCACCGGACACGGUAAACCUGAUGGAGCGCCUGCCGUGCGGCGCGUGAGCAGUACGAAGAAGGCGGAGGUGGCCAACGUGCCCAGGGACGCGGCCGUCCCUGCCGCCGUGCACUGCAAGAACCGGUACAGCGCGGCCGCGAGCGUCGACGCAGCUUCGUCGGAGCUUAAAACGGGCGCUCGCAAACGGACGACGAGCGAGCCGCCAUGUGCCUCGCCACGCUUGGAGGUCGGAGUUCAGAAGGCCACCCCCGAAGGCGGCCUCCCUCCGGCAAAGCAGCUGGGAAUGGAGAGCAGCCCCUGUUCUUCUCAAGGAAGCUCGGCGGAAUCCAUCCCGUUCGCCGAGGAGGGAAACCAGACCAUCAAGCAGCGGCCCAAAAACGGCUGGUCUCCGACGAGGGGCGAGGCCCUGGACUACGAGGGCAACGUCAUCAAGGGCGAGGCCCUGGGCCCGACCCACGGCGACGGGUCGAGGAACGUGGACAACGCGGCCUUCCUCGCGUCCGUCGAGGACCCAUCCGCUUUCGAGCAGGGGCUGGGCGCCCCGGAGAUCAACCUCACGGAGACGGACACGGUCAAGCGAAGGCCGAAGGCGAGGAGCCCUCAGAAGAGCGGCGAGGCCGCCGUGGCCAGGGUGCAGCCGAGGGCGGCCGCGCAGCCCCCGCUGCCGCCACCACCGCCGCCGUACCGCGGUGCCGAGGCUGCCCAGCUGCCCACGGGGACGGGAGACCGGGCCAAGCCCACCGUCUCCCCCAAGCCAUCUGCCACGUCCUUCGGCCAGGCCAGGCCUCCCGGACCACCGCCUCCACUCAUGAAGAAGCCCUCCGUGCACUCGUCCACCGGCAAAGACGGCAGCAGGGACUAUCCACCGGGAAGUCUGCCCCCUCCGCCGCCUCCACCUCCCAUGUCGGUCAAAACGGGCGCCGCUGCGUCCCCCUCCGAACAGGACGUCGUCUUCAAGCGCGAUGCCGGCCGACCUCACAAGAAGCCACCCCUGCACGCUCACCUCUUCUCCUCCGAGCCCUCCAACGACAGCAGCAGCAGCAGCAACCGGAGGUCGGUCCCUCACUCUCCAGGGAGAAUGGAAGACCCUGCAGCCACACCGGUAGAGAAGAGCCGCGCCAAAGCGCCGGUUAGGGACGAUCGUGAGCGUCCGCCGGAGUCGCCCGGGGGCGGCAGGGAAGCUGCGACGGUGGCGGCCGGUGAUGGCGGGAGGCCCGAGUUGCGGUCGGGCAUGACCGAGGUGGCGCAGCACCGGCUGGAGGAGACGAGCGCGUCGCUGGCCGCCGCGCUGCAGGCCGUGGAGGAUACGCUGCGCCACGACGGCCGUGGCGACGGCAAGCCUCGGCCCACGGGAAAUCUCCUGGACGACAUCGGCAGCAUGUUCGACGACCUCGCCGACCAACUGGACGCCAUGCUGGACUGAGGGGCGUGGCACCGCGGGAAUGUCCUCGCUCAGCCGAGCGGGCGUCGUGACGACUGUGCGUGCCACAGCCGUGCCACGGCCGUAGCGUCGGAGAUUUAAGCUCAUUGAUGGCGAUCUGUGGCCGAAAUGGCUCAGUGCGCCUUACCUGGAAAAAAUAAUAAUACGUAAAUUUAGUUGAGAUCAGCGACGAUAAUGUUGAAUAUUGUGCGUUUAGAGGGACCCCACGCUAGAGCUCCCUCUCGUGGAGAGGCCUUUCGGCCAGCGGUGGCGUGAGGAAGCGAUUACAGGUCUGCAAGUUUGCCUUUUCGUGUCGUGCAUUGUUUUCUUUUUAAAUAGCAAAGUCAAGCCGUGACGGAAAUAACUAGAGGUCGGUAUUCAAAUCCACAUCACUGCAAACAUUCUUGUAAGUGUUCUGUCGUGUCAGAUUGCUAGAAGUUUAGAAACAAACAAAAAAUAUACAGAUGGAAUAGGUUUUAUUUUGUAUUGAUGCAGUAGUUAGAUGUGAUUUCGAACAGUUAAUGAGCCUAGAAAAUAACAUUUUGUACCCAGUAUAUAGUGCUGACUAGAUAUUCUUGAACGUGAUGUCGUCUGAGAUUGGCUUUUGCGUAUACAAAUCUAGGAUCACGUGCGUAUGCCUGAACAUUGUUAAUCUGAGCAAGUGCCAAUUUACCCACGAAUACUGAGUGGUUUUUCCAGUCAGUCAGUCGUGCAGCAGCACCCGGCAGCUGACAUACUUCCCGUGAGGACAGCUAAUGUCAAAAACAUGAACGACGUGCCCUCCUCUAGGAUGGGCAAAUAAAUCACUCAUCGGAGAUAUAAGAAAGCUAAUAUAUAUUUUUUGCAAAAUCACAGAAAUCGUAUAUGCAUAUACAUCACAUUGUAAGUUUAAAAUUGCCUUUAUGAUAAAAUCAUAGGUUUUUUUGAACAGAAUAACAGACUUAGAUGAUGUACUACUUAGAGUGCAAUUGCAAAUAAGAGUAUCAUGACAACUAACAGUGUUUAUUGUAUACCAUAUAUAUAAUACCACCACCAUCCCGAUCACCACCAUCAUCAUAAGCUAUUGCAAAUUGGUUCUCGCAACUUUGCAUUGGUGUUAGUCGAAGUAAGAGCUCCUUGACAGUUCAAUAAUUGUGGUCAUUACCAGCAAAUCCACCAAGUUAAUUAUUUCAGGAAAAUUUAAUAAAUAUUUGCUCCCCCUUAUUGCCUUCACGGAAUCUUGCAAUGCCCGAACGAUCAUCUGCACACUUAUUUUUAUAAUGACGCUCCCACUGCGCAGUAUAAUGGGGGGUGAAGAUGAAUCAGAAUUUGCAAUUAUCUAUCUCUGCUCCAGAAACAAGCGAUAUCUGUUUGAGCCACACAAAGAAGUGUUUAAUUGAAUUUAACGCAAGAUCCCUCUUGCUGGUGGAACAGUAUAACAUACUUCUGUUUUUUUACGCAAGAUACCCAAGAUUUUAAUACCGUAGGUUCUUAGCUUCUUUGAAAAGCAGUUGAUGUGCAGGCCAGAAGUUGCAAGGUCAAAGUGAUUUCCUGCUCAAAUGAGCAUUCACGUGCUAAUCAUCUCAUGUUUACAGCCUUAGCCAGUUGUGAAAAGUCCAUAUUCCUAUGGUGGGGACAAAUAUAUCCGUAAGACAACUGCUGUUGACUUUUGCACAAAGCAGUAACUCUUUUACCUUCCCCAGAGGGAUGAUAGGCUGUAUCAACCCCCAACCAGGAUUUGAACUCGCAAUCUUCCGACUGCAAGCCGCUCGCUCUUCCACCACCACCACGUGCACCAUGUGCAGAUGCUGGAUGAAUUAUUUCUUCACAGGAUCACGAGAGUUGGCGAUGGUUUGGGGAGGCUUUCAUCAAGUGGUGGCUUGACCAUGACUGACUGACGACGAUGAUGAUGGUGGUCAUCGUGAUUUGGCUUUGUUCCUUACCAGAAAUGGCGCAGGGCAAAAUCGCGUGUGAAGUGUUCAUUGUAUUGCACGAUCACUUGGCCUAAAUCUGAUAUUGCUUUUAGGGCCUUGGGUUCAGGAAAUGACAAGAGGCUUGAAAUGUUUUGCUUGUUUGAGUGUGACGACGUUGGCUUUUACUUUGCAUUCCAACGGAAUUCCAGUUGGCGGAGCAUUUUAAGAUAAAGAGUUAUAAUGUAGAAGUGUGUUUAGAUCAAAUGUUGCCUACUCAAUUCCGAUGGAUGUCAAUGGGGAAUUUUACAUCGAACUCCAUUGUGAAAUUUUAAACGUAUCAAUAAUGUACAUUAACCUUCAUAUUUAUAAUGACAACAAUAUACUGAAUAAGUGGUGAUCAUUUUCUUGCAAAAGUGUAAUAAUAACAUCACCACAAGUCGCCGUUAUAUCUACAUAAAUACCAAUAAGGUUACAUUGUAUAAUGAUUGCAUUGUAUCUGGGAUGAUAGAGAUUGUGAAUCUAAAACGUCAAAGAAAACCGCUUUUUUUUAAUACGCCUUUAUAUUUUCCCAGAGAGCCAUAUUGACUGUGGUCCACACAACGUGGGGAAGCUAAAUAUCUGGUUAUUUUGUAUUUGUUAAGUGCCAUAUUUGUAUAUAACGGCAACGAUAAUUACACGAUUACAUAGGUAUUGCGGCCAUGAAUUACUUGAACGUGGUCGAGAAUUUAAGUAUUCUUUUCUUGCCUAUAAGUACAGCUGCGAUCUCUGCCUGUCACAUGAUAUAUACACACACACACAAUAUAUAUUACACACUGCAGUGUAUGCGUAAAAAAGGCCACAGGUUUCAUACUGUAGUUAUUACUCGUAACAACUUUGUAGCAUAUACAGUUUUUAAGAAAAAAUAAACCCCAAGACUGUAAUUCGGCACGCACACGCGCCGCACACACACACACACACAGCUGCAUCGAUGCAUGCUGUCAAUAAUUGGGGAGACCCAGCUUCUGACCGAGACGCAAACCUCGCCUGCGCACACGACGCGCACUUCACGCGCAAGCUCUCGGGCAACUUCGAACGCAGCCCCCGAACGCGCGCGGUGCGAAUUUCCGUCGGCAACGAAUGAGGAGGGACAUCGCGCCGAGGCAGUUGCAACACCCCGCGCGCGCACAGACGCGCACACAACCCCUGCACAUCCUGCAGCAGGAGUACAUCGCAGGCAGGGAUGUCAAAAGGCACGUGGACCGUUGGCCACGGACGCCAAAAUGCAUGAGUUUGUACUUACAAGUAUUCAAAGUCGAACAGACGCGUACCUUCAGAUGGUGCGUUUUUGAAGAUUUCUGUUUUGGAAGAAAAAAAAGUUCGAUUUGAAAUGCCACAAGCUAGUUCAUAACUCGAGCAUUGUUGCUACGGAGAUUCGUGGAACACGUUAACGGGGACGCCGGUUUAGAAUCGAGCAAAGAACGGGCCGAUUCCUUGAAUGCGUCUGUGAAAAAGUGUGGUGGUUGCCGUUGCUUGCAGGCGCUACCCCAACCAAUGGCAGUGGCUUCAUUACCAGGGAGGGCGACUGGGUUCGGGAAGCGAUGCUUUGUGUAAACGUGUUUUAAGUUCCGUGAGCAGGUUUAAAGUGUAAAAAAAACCAAGGCAUAUUAAUGGUGUCUGUCGCCAAAACUUGCCAAAGUUGAAAAAAAAAUACAUGAACAAGUUUUACUUGUUUACCAUUUGAAGUAUUUUAAACAUUUUAUUGUUUUUUAUUAACGUGUUUCCUAACGUAGUAUGAGAUAUUCCUAUUAGUACUUUAUUGAAAGCGUAAAAUUGACAAGUACAGUAUGCUUUUAAAUUUCAAUGUUGAAAUGUUUUGUACAAAUGUAUAUUAGAAUAAUCCUGGUUUAUACUCUAUAGCUUUCGAUUUGUAUUUACCCAGUCGAGCAUUUCUUCAUCGCUUAGCUUGACCACAAGGGUGAAAUCAACGCUCGCGUUUCAACUGAGAAGCCACCGCCACCGAUAAUCGCCAGUGUAAAAUCAUGUUCCACGUUGUAAAUUAACUUCCACGUUUUAACACAUUGAGUGAGGUACCGAUUUAAAAAUAGAUAUAGUAUUAUAAAAUCAAAAAGAGCUUUGUCACUUCAUGGAAUAGCCCUACUUCAGGACCCGGAUCAGGAAGCUCUGUAACGAGAGAGCUCAGGUUUUGUUCACGCCUCAUGAUGAUGCUGGAUGUAAUUUCCAAUGAAACGUAACAAAAUAUAAAUUGUUAACAUUUUGCUUACUUCUAAACAUUCCUCCUCUCUUUCUGAAGAAGAAGCAAAUCAGUUGGCACGUAUUCCCACGUGCAAUUUUUUUCUUUGAUUGGCUGUGGUCGGGUGGUAGAGGGCUAUAGUUACAAAUGGACAUCAUACCUCCUCAAUUAUAUAACACAAAAUAAACUAAAUUAUGACUCGAUAUUGGUCGUGAAAGCAUACGUACGAAAUGCAAUAAGCCAUUCAUAGCUUUCGUAGUUGAUACAUUCAUUCGACCUUGUCUCGUUCAUAAAGGAAAUUCCAUCUCAGUAAUCUGCCACAUAAUUAUACAGUUUAUGGAUGCACGAACAAUGUGACACACAAUUUUUUGAUUUUCGGUAAAAUACUAAAUGCAAUUGGUUUAAAGAGCCUUAAAAUGUCUUCUCAAAGUUGGAUUAUAGUUUAACACCUAGUAGGCUUUCGUGACCAAUAUUAUCCAUAUUAUCGAUUAGAUCGCGUAAAUAUGAAUGUGUCAUUGAACACGCUGCCACCCGACACAGCCAAUUAGUAAGAGUUGUCACAUAAACAGAACGUGCCAAUGUAUUAACUCGUUCAGCACGCCGGCGUGUUGGAGAGUAACCCCACAACAUUUACAAUUCGAGUACGACAUUUUGCCGGUAAUUACAACCAGCUUCAUCAGGCGAACAGACAGAAUUUUGGCGAAAUCCUCCUGUUUCGUUCUUAAAUAGAUUGAUUAAUCCAAUCGUCGUCACUUGUGAGCCAAUCAAGCAAUUGCAUUACGAUUGUUGACAAUUACCGCACUAUCAUAGCCACGGAGAGACAGACAUUUUAUUUCAGCGAGAGAAUCCCGAUGAAGCGAUUAGACCAGCGAUCGGGAACCUAUGGCUCGCGAGCCAUAUAUGGCUCUUCUGGUGACGGCAUAUGGCUCCCAGACAAUUUUGAGUUGAAAAAAAAAUACAAAAAUCAGUUUGGAACUGAUUUUAAAAUACUUCUGAUAUUGCUUAAUAAUACUGUGUCAUUUUAAAGUAAACAGAAAUUAGUUUUGAAGAUAAAUUUCACGGGUCACGGGGCCUCAACGCCUGCAUGAAGCUCAACCUCACCACGUACGAACCAGACUACAAGGCCAUCAGCAAAACCAUGCAGCACCAGAAGUCGCAUUAAAAGUAAGACAUAUUUAAUUUAUUAUACGUUCAAAAUACUAUAUGGCUCUCAAUGCAAUAUAUUUAGAAAUAUUUGGCUUUUAUGGCUCUCCCAGUCAAAAAGGUUCCCGACCCCUGGAUUAGACUCUUGUUCACAGGUCUCCCUCCCCUUGGUGGUCGAACAUUUAAUUACGUUGCUAUGAUCACGCAACAGGCACAGCCAAUGUAAAAAAGUAGAAAGUCUUAACUUCAGAGAAUAAUUUUUAAAAAGUCCUCACAAUGACAAUGCUUGGUUAUAUCAAAAGAUAAUUUCACCGCAGUAUAACAUCUCAUUUAAACUUUGAUAUAUAUACACAUAUAUACAAUAUACCGUUUUACUAAAUACAAGUAUUACAGUUUUGAACAACUAUAUUCGUGAGAACAAUCGUAGCGUACAGUUUUACUUGCUAUAAACUUUGCGCACGUAUAUAAAAAAGAAAGUAAGCUAAAUAUCCGUCACGUUUCACGCUUUCCGAGCCCGUACGCAGAGAGCACGCGCGCACAAACACACGUGGAGCAGCAGCAGCAGCAGCGCCUUGGACCACGUGGCCACUUGAGGUCAACUCCCACGACGCUUCGCGUCGCUCCGGCGAGAUUUCAAACCCACCUUGGUCCUGCUGCUCCCCCCCCCCCCCCCCCCAGGGAUUGUCCUCGUCGUGUGAGGAGGUGCCCUACAUCCUGUGGAAUAUAUAUACAUCUUGCCAGGGGUUGUGUUAAAAAGCUCCGGGUUUUUAGCAACGUAUACAUAAUAUACUCCACUCGAAACAAUGCAUUUACUGUACGUGUAAUCUCUCCCUAGCCUGCUUAUUGUCAGAUGCUCUGCUUCUUCUGUGCAUGGACACGUAUCGGUUAUCUCUCUACUGCGGGGGUGACAAUCCCCAGGUUCGACACCAACGGCGUAGGGGGCAUCAUAAAAUCAUCUAAAUGGCCAAACCCGACUCUCCCCCCCACCUCUUACUACGCUCGCCCGUCCGUUUCUCGUCAAGCAGGAGACUGCUGUGACAGGAUUGAGAGGAUGGGGAGGUUUUCUUUUUAGAGGAGAGUUGAUGAGUGUAUGGUUUGUGGGGGGGGAAGAUAUGAAUUGUACAAAAAGCAUUUUCAGAGAGAGAGAGAGCGCCUGUGUGUGGGAGUGUUUGCGUGUGAAUUAUUUUAUAAGGUUCAGUAACACAAUGUAUUGUACAUCUUCCAUAAUACAGGUUAUUUGGGUUCUAGCACAAGAAACCUGUAUUAUGGAUGAUAUUGGUCGCGAAAGCCUACGUGAUUGUACAUCUGUUAAUAAUGUACUGGAUUUUUGUUUUACAAGCUGUUCCUAUAGACUCUCAAUGGAAACCGCGUGCGGUUAUUUUACCGCGGUCGUAUGUUGAGCAUUGGCCUUCUGAUUUAGACUUACACUUCGUGAUCUUCAAAAGAACGA